GCUCUCUCUCCCUUUCUCUCCAUAUAUCUGAUCAUACUAUCUAUUUUGCAAAUUCUCGCAGCCCUUGUCUCUCUCCACUUCUUGCAUCCCAUAUUGCAGGCUUUUGAUACUCCGCCGCACUACUCCGUACACUGCCUAAGCCAUCCGGUCCUGCAUUCGAUGGAUAAGAUAUCCCGACGAACCUUCUCCUUCGCCCUAUUACUCCUUCUCUCGGCUUCUGGCCGCGUCAGCUCACUUCAAAGGCAGUAGUCUCUGUCUGCGUUGUGGCCUGUUUGUCCUAGCUCGUCACUGGUGAUCAAGACAUCAUAUAUCCCCCGUUUGUGCUCCUGGCCCUUCGAUAAUCCGGAUCCUCCCUGUUGUCGUUGUUUCUUGUCAGCCUGCACGCCACUCUAGUUGAAGAAGAAAGAGGAUUGAGAAGCACUGGGUUUGGGUGUAGGUCGAUUGAGAUAAAGCGUCGCUUGGGAGGUUGAGGGACCGUAGGCUGCCAGUCGAAUAUUCGAAGAUUUGUUGCUCCUACCAUGCCGAACCGAGGUCGGACCCAGGCAGUGUGUCCAUCUCUCCAAGAUUCCAGGGUCAUGGAGGAAUAUACGAACAACUCAGGCACAGAAUCGCCUGUCAUCCUGACUCUUACCCCAGGUCCAGCUCUUGAGAUGCCCGAACCCCUUCGCGCCUCUGAUAUCCCAGAUGCUAUCCGAGAAGAAGAUGAAGAGACCGCAAGCGAACCACUUGAACCUAUCACUCCGAGAAGCACCACUCCUCCUCAUAUGUACCGCAACCCCAAAUCGGCCGCCAACUCCUCUCUUAAACAAGCUGCUCUCCCACACCCUUUAAUCAUCAACACAACCGCAACUCCUCCUUCCGCCCCAUCUGGCACGAAAUCUCCUGAUCGUUCACACGCUGGGACGUCUCCCCGCCGUCGUUCUUCGCACCUAAAAUCCGCCUCCAAAUCUCUCAAGUCGUUAUUCCGUCGGUCAAACUCGCUUUCUGCAGACGAACAGGCGAUAGAGCCGAACAAUCCUAGCCCCACGUAUUCGAAAUCUGGCCUCUUCUCAUCACUACGCAAGAAUUCUGUCAGUUCAACCGCGCAACACUCUCCCACAACAACCCAUUCCAACUCCCCACCAUCGCCUGCAUCGCCGUCCAGUACGAUCAACGCUGGUUUGAACCCGACGUUAGGGAUGUCGCAAACGGAUGGAAUACCAUACAAAAAACCCAUGCGAUCGUCUACUGGAUUGAGCCUAAGAGAACGAAGUAAGAUCAUAUUCGCUCCUACUCCCAAGCCUCAUCGAGAGGAGACAAGAAUACGAUCACCCAGCCUGGGUGAUGUCCAUAGACAGCCAGAGCGACCAGGAUUUUCGAUACCCGCAGUGUCGGGAGCCGGCUUGAAAGCGCGACGCAUGAGCGCGAGCCUUCCAGAUGGGUUCUUUGUUGAUACUUGCGACUUGCACGAGGAGUAUACCAACUCCAGUAGACUUCCGGGACGGAGGGGCAAAGAGGUUGGCAAAGGCGCGACUGCAACCGUAAAGAUCAUGUAUCGCAAGAGCGGUGACAAGGAUGUGCCUUACGCUGUGAAGGAGUUCAGAAAACGCGGUCAGAAAGAGGAUGAACAGGAGUAUGAACAAAAGGUCAAGUCGGAGUUUAGCAUCGCAAACAGCCUAGACCACCCGAACAUUGUGAAGACAUUCCGCCUUUGCACCCACAAUGGCCGAUGGAAUCAUGUGAUGGAGUAUUGUUCCUACGGAGAACUAUUUUCAUUGGUGCAAAAGGACUACCUUACUCCUCGGGAUAAUGCUUGCUUUUUCAAGCAAAUAAUGCGGGGUGUCGGAUACCUGCACGAAAAUGGCAUUGCCCAUCGUGAUAUUAAACUGGAAAAUCUGUUAUUGUCUGAUGAUGGCUACAUCAAGAUCACUGAUUUUGGUGUGUCUGAAGUGUUCAGUGGGAUACAUCCAGGCUUGCGCUCUGCAGGUGGCAUCUGUGGCAAAAACAUGGGCGAAGUCCGCCUGUGUGCUCCCGGAAUUUGCGGUAGCUUGCCAUAUAUCGCUCCUGAGGUUUUGGCCAAGAAAGGUGAUUAUGAUCCUCGACCUCUGGAUAUUUGGUCCUGUGCGAUCGUCUACCUUACACUUAAUUACCGAGGGAACCCGUGGCCCGCAGCUGACAACAAAUACACUAACUACGCGAGAUUUUUCGAAGGAUGGCAAACCUUUCUUCAGGCUGAUCCUGAGGGACUGGUAACGGAUGACAAAGCGCCUAAUUGCGGGCCUAUUUUUAGACGUUUGAACCAUUCCGGCAUGAAACGCCUCUUACUUCGAAUGUUGCACCCAGAUCCGACCAAGAGAAUCACGGUCGCCGAAGUCAUGAGCGAUCGGUACUUUAAGACCAUCGAAUGCUGCUCACCAGAUCGUGUCAAAGAUCCUUCAAAAGUGGUCACCGGCAUUGACGCAGCCGGCAAGGGAAGCUGUAAGCUCGCUAACAAGAUGGUGGUACAAAAGAUUCAUCACCAUUUUCCACCGGAGAAAAAGUAUCUCCCGCAGCACCGGUUUGAUAUGGGAGAGGGAUAUUAAUGACGAGAUGAACCGGGGUCAUCGAAUGGUUUCAAACUAAGGACCGACAUGUCGAGACUUUAAGCGACUAAACUCGUCGAAUUUGAUGACCUCCGUCUCUACGACUUUCUGAUUUGGAGCCUGGAUUAACUUUAAAUUCUUGUUGAUAUUUACCUACUGGAUGGGCUGAGUGGGUUUGACAUUCAUCCCCUAUUGCUAUCUGUUUCUUCGUGAUGAUGUCCUUGGGUCGGUGCUUUGCUAUGCAUCUGAUACGGCUUCUUGUUUCAGCACAAUGGCUUUAUUCUUUCAAUGCGUGUCUAUCCCUUUUGUUGGCGGUGCACUUAUCCAUCUUGGCCCAGACUCACCAGGUUCACACUUGUUGCUCUACCUACUCCUUGCCCGGAGAGCAAUCAUCUUUCCUCAGCCCUCGUCAUACAAAAAGUUCCCUUUGUUAUUUCAGAGCGUACCUGACAUACAUUCUUCCGAAAAUUCUUUGUCAGAGGUGGUUGUUUGCUUGGCAUGAUAAGGCAUAAUGUUUUCCACCUCUGUCCUAUGUGAGUUUUAGCUUUGCAGCAUGUUUAUUACUGGUUUACGGAUACUUUGGCUGCUGGAGUGGUAAACUUGUUAUGAUUGCAUUCUUUAAUCGAUUUUUUUUACUUUGAUGCAGCAUUAUAUUGUACUUGGUUUUCUUGUUUUUGACAGGGGUGGGGAAAAUAUAAUUAUAAUAUAUUCGAGCCGAUUAGACAUGUUUUCCUACCCAGUCCAUGCUGCUGACUUGCAAAUCACUUCACUUUUUUAUACCUUUCCCGCCCAGCUGUCUCCUUUUUUUUGACUUAUCUUGGUGUCUACAAAGCAGCUAAUACAUGUCUGCGGUACGCAGACGAAAUGGGAGAAGAUAUUCUUGG